UAAUGCAAAAACAAAACCAAAGAGCAAAGUGUACCGGAGGCAAAUUCCUUGUUAGUAUGCACGAACUUGGCAAUAAAGCUGAUUCUGAUUAUUCCAGAUUAUGACUAAAACUAAUUUGGGGGAAAAAAAACUUAAAAAGGGGAGUUUAGGUUUAGUAAAACUUUCUCAUCUCCUCUUUUAGUAUCAGAAUUAGAAUUAUUCCGACCUGAGAGAAAUGGAUGGGUGUUUAUUUGUGUUUCCGGACAGCCAGCCACUAUGUCGGCGAGACUUGACAAAAACACAGACGUGACAAACAUGUGAGCGUGAAAACGAGUCGGUCUUCCGGGCGCAGCGGAAGACCGAGUUAGUCUUCAGUGAGGAAGCAGACAGAGAGGAUCAUGCGGCGGAACUGGUUUCUUUCCCACCAUCAGCAUCACUCCAAUCUAUCCAAACCCAGCUAAGGAAUAAUGUCGAACAACACCACGGAGGUGCAGGACUACACUUGCGUGCGCUUUGGUGUGUCCACCGUCUCCUUCUCGGUUCUUCUCUUCUUCAACCUCAUCAUCAACUGGACCAUAGUUCGGGAGAAGCGGUUGCGCAGCCAUGCGCGCUUCGUGCUGGUCUUCCACCUGCUGGUGUCCGCUCUGGUCCACCUUGGCAUGAGCAGCGUCUUCUACUACCAGAACUACCUGGACGCACGGCCGGGCCGCUCUGCGUGCCUGGCCAUGAUCACCGUCCUGAUCAGCAGCGCCUCCAACAUCCUGCUGACGCUCACGGCCAUGGCUCUGGACCGCUUCGUGGCCGUGUGUCACCCAAUGCGCUACACCUCUGUCUGCACCGCCGCGUACUGGCCGUGGCUGCUGGGCGUGCUCACCUGGCUGGUGGCCCUGGUGAUCCCCCUCAGCCUGCUGGGGAGGGGCCAGCUGGGGGGGGGGCGCCAGGGGUGAGACCACGACGGGUGCGCCCGGGACCAGCUGAAAAAAGGCGAUCUGGAGAAGGUUCUAUUCAUCGGGAUCUGCACGCUGCUCAUCCUCUACAGCUACGUCAGGAUUCUGGUGGAGGGACGGCGGCUCGGAGUUCUCAACCGGCGGAACCGGGCCGGCUGCAGGACCAUCGCUCUGCACGGCACCCAGUUGGCCGUUUACAUCCUGCCCAACUUUGUGAGCUACAUGUUAACAGUUAUGACCAAGCGAAAUAUUAUUAAGCCAGAGACCAAAGAACUGUCUGCCGUCGUUAUCUUUGCGUUCUUCAGCAUGGCGCAGUGCGUGGCGCCCGUUGUUUACGGCUUGCGCAAAGAGGAACUUCUGGAGCAGCUCAAUCGUCGGUUCCCCUGCUGCUCCCGGCAUCUGAAGGCUGCGCUCGGCUGGACUGUGAGAGCCAACUGGCCCCAUUCACAACCCAGAGGAAGGGAGCGGACGCUAACUGCUCAGACCAUCAUCUCCCUGGAAGUCCCACAAGAAGACCGGGAGGUAGAGACUGGUCCGCUACCAGUUACCAGUUUCUCACAUGACUCACGUUCAUGCGAAGGAAUUACGGACAAAUCCUGAUGGGAAAAAGCUGGUCAGCAUUAAGAUGCGACAGGAAAACCUCGCUUUCCAGCAGAUAUUUUAAUCUGAUGCUGUAAGGAACUCAGGAACCACUUUUAAUUAAUCCUUUCAUAAGACCAUUUAAACAAUCUGCAUUGAGUCGAGAAAGCUAUACCUUGCCUUCUAAUUUUUUCCAUCGUCUGGUUCCUCCUCCGAGCUUAGGUGGAGCAGUUAUCCGAUUGUAGAACUCCUUGGACAGGUCAGGGUGACUGAUCAGGCUACAAUCCACCUAAAUCUGACCUCUUUUGGGAUUAUCUGACUGACAUGGGAGAUAUAUUUGAACAUACAGCCACCUGGAUGUUUUGUGUCAUUCAUACUGUGGAUAGUUAAAACUGUGCAAAGCCUUAAAAUCCUGAUCCACUGAUUUCUUCACACAGAAAUCAGCAGAGGGGACUGCAUAGAUUCGGCUCACAUGAAGACAUUUUAUUUCCCAGGGAAGGAAAUUAUGAUUUAGCCUGGGUUGGAGAAACAUCAAAGCACAAUUUAGCACAAGUGUUUGUAAAAGGGUAAGGUUCUUUUGUAUAAAAACUACUGUAAGUUAUUUGUAUAGUUUUACCUUUAAAAACUUUAAACGUAUUUCUUUUUUUUAUUAGGGUCUAGUCUUUGAAGAAAAGGAGAUAGACUUUGUAACAUUUCUUCUUUUAGACAGAUGAAAAACACAUAGAUGGUCCACUUUCUGCUUCUUCAUCAGACCGUUAUGCAACUUGCAACCUAUUUAUUUAAAAACUUAUAACCCUUUUUGUUUAAGUUUUUACAACUGAGACCAUAAGCUACAGAACAUUUCAAAAUGUGAAUUUCUUUCUUGAAUUUUUUUCUGCAAAUCUGAGAACACCAGAAAAAUAAAAAAAAGAAUAUUAAAAACAUUAAAUUUUUAGCAUCAUUUAUGCAUUUUGCCAUUGUGUUUCUGCAUAGUUAGAAAAACACAGUGCCAUGGAAAAUCCACAUUAUUUUAAUAAAUUUCACAACCCACACCCAAACUCUAAUUGUUUGAUCUACAGAAUCAAGAUAUCACUUGAAUAGGACCUGUCUGACAACAUGAAGUAGGCUAAAGGAUCCCAAAAAGCAACAUAUAUCUAUCUGGAAAGGGUUAUGAAGCCAUUUCUAAAGCCAGGGUAGAGGUCCAAAGCCAAAAGCACUGCUGACCAAAAAGAACACAUUGGCCCAUCUCACAUUUACCCAAAACGUUUUGAUGAUCCUCAAGAUUUUGGGAAAAUAUUCUGUGGGCUGAUAUGAAAAGGUAAAACAUUUUAGAAGGCAUGUGUCCCGUUACAUUAAGCAUAAAGCUAAUGCAGCAAUUCAGGAAAACCUUGAAUAUCAGUCACUACCAGAAAAUCCUAAAGGAGAAUGUUCAGCCAUUGAAUUGGGACCUUGGGCUCAAGGGCAUUUGGGCUUGCAGAAAAAAUCAAUGACCCAAAGCACAGUAGCAAGUCCACCUCUAAAUGGUUGAAAAAGUGGUUCAGGAGCGGCUUCCCCUAUAAUCAUUUCAUCUCUAAACUCUGUUGGCUCAGUUUUGCUGGCAUGUUAAACUAGCAUAAUUUGGAUAAAAGAGGCAGAAAAUUGCAUUGGCUUUCCCAUUUAUCUUUUUUCCAGUUGAUUUUUAAGUCCUAUAAACUUGUUACACAGAGGUUACAAACACAAUCUUUUUUACAGUUAACCUUUUGCUUACACAAACUGCUAAAAUUUACAGCUAACUCUAAUCCAGUGAUUGGGAAAUGCUAACUAAACCUUAGAGUUAACUUUGUUGGAAAAUUCCCAACAGAUCCAGUAUUCUAGAUAACUUAAACAAACAUAAGCAUAUGUAUAAUGUCCCAUUUAUUGUAUUAAACUAUGCUAGCUUUUGCAGAAUCACAGUUAGCUUUAUUGUCCAGGUUUGAGCACACGAACAAGGAAUGUGACCACUUUGCUCUCAAUGUUCAAACAUUUCAAUAUAAGUAUAUACAAAUUGGUGGGAAGGGCAUAAAAAGGAUGGCAAAUAAAUAUAUAAAAAAAUAUAUAUACAAACAGUGGUUUUUGUUAAGCUACGUUGGUUUUGUUAAAACUGCUAAAGGUUCCAGCUAACUUUUCGCUUGUUAAGAAAACGCUAGCUAAAAGGUACAACAAUAUUGUUUAUUAACCAAACCUUUCUGUAGCAUUUAAUGAACAUUCACAGGACUUUCCCCCAACUUUCAUAAAACCCGGUAACCUUAAAAAAGUUAUUUUUUAAAAUAUAUGCAAAACAAGGUUUGUCUAACAAAAAACAACAAAGAGAAAUCAGACCAUUUCAUUAGAAGUAGAUUUUGUUGACCCUUUACACCAAAACAUUUCACAUAUGUGACUUCAUGAUUUUUUCACAUCAUGUUUUAAUUCAUUUUAUUUAAUCACUAGAACCUUAGUGGUGACAUAAUUUACUCUGUUUUUCUCUAGUGCUAAAUAAAACAAUGACAGUGUGCAUUAUCCCCUCCAAAACGCAAAACAGGACACACGACAUAAUAUACCAAAACAUUUUUUAAAUAAAGGCAACACCUUCGAUUACAUCGCAUUAUGGUUUCAAUCAUUACAUCCCCUUUUUUGUUACACUCAUAGUGAAUGUUCUUACAUUAUGUGAACAAGUUGAUGUAGCUUCACUAGUGAGGUAUUUCUAUUAAUAGCGGUCUUCCAUUUUAGCAGAUGUGUUUAGGUUACAGGCUAGAUCACGAAAUCGUGUCAAACCAAGCAAAUAAACUGAUAAGAUUGUGAAACAGGUUUCCUAUUUGCAAAUCUAACACUCAAAUUCUAAUAAAUUGGUAUUUCAG